AUGCCUACGAAUACACCAUUCAAGCCCUCUCCUCUGUCGUUUGGCUCCCCACGAGCUUCGCCGUUCCGUCGACCUUCAACGCCAAAUUCCCCGCCGCAGGGUCGUUCGAGCACACCCGGGAGUUCCCCAGGUCGAGGACUCCCGCCGGUCCCAUCGCCCAGCAAACUGAAUCAGUCAUACACAAUUGAUGAUGACCCUGAAGAUUCCCCAGGGUAUCACCUUAACGAUGCGCCGAUUCCUCCGCCCAAGUUCAGCAGAGAACUGCCUCCAUCGCCAACCAAGGGAGCCAAUUUGGGCAGUUCAUCUCCGAUCUUGAGUACCAGGAAGUCCAACAGCAUGAUGAACGCAGCUAGUGACGCAGCAGCCAACCUGUCGCCGGCGCAAUUAAGGGAGAUACGGGAGGCGUUCCAGGUACUGGAUCGGGAUAAUGAUGGUUCCGUGAACCGGGAAGACGUGGCUGAUGUGCUGGUCAAUAUUGGUUUGAAUUCAUCUGCGAUCUCCCAAUUCUUCCCACCCGGCGGCCCUCAAACGAUCAACUUUCCCACCUUCUUAAACACACUAUCCGACCUAGUCAGCCCCCUGUCAUCACGCCAGGAGCUCAUUAACGCCCUGGCCGCCUUUGACGAUGACGACAGCGGUCAAGUUGACGUGAACGAACUACGGGAUGCGCUGCUACACACUUCGCCGGAAGAAGGGGAGCACCCACUUACGGAACGGGAAAUAGACGAGGUGUUGAGUGGAUACACCGGGCGCAGAGUCUUUGGAGGGAAAAGCUCCAAGGCUGCAGGGGGUGGGAAGCGAGGAGAAGUGUUUCAAUACCAGGAGUUUGUCGAUUCGAUCAUGGGAGGGACGGAGAAUGGGCGGCAAGCUGAAACUGCGUGA